AUGAACUACGCCAGCAGAGGCGAGCAUGAUCCGAAAGCGGAACGGAAUAACCAACAUUUAAAAGCACUGUUUCGGGUUCACUUUCACCAAAUGCCAUUCAAGGCGAUUCCAAAGAAGUUGACUGUGGCACUUAUGACAAGAGUUGCAAAAAUAUCCAACUACUAUCCAGCAAAAGGUGGGUUGUCUCAAUACUACAGCCCACAUUUGAUUAUGCAUCAACGCAUGGUUGAUGCCUCUAAAGAAUUUGUUGCUGAGAUUGGUGCAUAUGUCCAUGGCUAUGGGCAUGAUACCAAGAAUAAUAUGGCUGCUCAAACAAUCAAAGGUGUUUACAUGGGACCCACCAAUGAUAUUCAAGAAGGGCACCAUAUAUAUGAUCUGAACACAAAGUGCGAGGCACGAUGUGCAAAGAUCAAGGUUCUUCCAAUGACUGAUCAAGUCAUCAAGAUUAUAGAAGAAGUCGCAAGAUUGGAAGGAGUGACAGAAUUAUGCACCUAUUCCAAGCGUAAUGGCGAGAUAAUCCUUGAUGGUGAUUUGCUCAAAGAAGUGGACCCAGAUGAACUGUGGGAUGAAAAUUAUGUACAAGUAAACCAAAUUGAGAGACUGAGUGAUGUGACCCUCCAAAAUGAAAAUAUUCCAGAUGACAAACUUGAUGAAUUACUAAUGGAUGCUGAAGCAGACAAUCAAGGUUCGACAGGGACAGGAACCCAAGAUACAAUAGCGAAACAAAUCAAUAUGAAGAUGAGCUAG